AUGGCCGCAACAGAGCAAGCCAAGGUGAAGCUUUACUGGCUCGAAAAGUCAAGGGCGCAGGGCAUCCUUUGGCUGCUCGAGGAGCUCAAGGUGGACUACGAGCUUGAGCUCUUCCACCGCAACAAGCAGACCAUGUUGGCACCGCCCGAGCUCAAAAAAAUACACCCACUCGGCAAGUCGCCCGUCAUCAGCGUCACGGCGCCGGGCGCCGACAAGCCCAUUGUCAUUGCCGAGACGGGCGCCAUUGCACAGUACCUGAGCGAGCACUGGGGCCAAAACAGCACGCUGGUGCCGAAGCGCUGGAAGGAGGGCCAGGAGGGCCGCGUCGGUGGCGAGACCGAGGCCUGGAUGCGCUGGAUGUACUUUCUCCACUACAACGAGGGCAGUCUCAUGACGCUCCUCAUGAUGGUCCUCGUCCUCAGCACGAUCAAGGGCCCAAGGGUGCCCUUCUUGAUCCGCCCCGUCACCUCGGUCGUGGUCAACCAAGUGUUCAACUCCUUCAUCAUGCCCAACCUCAAGACGCACCUUGCCUUCCUCGAGGAACAGCUCGCCACGAGCGGUGGUGACUUCCUUUGCGGCAAGGACCUUACCACCGCCGACAUUGUGGUGAGCUUUGCACUCAUCAAUUAUCAGUCCAGGUUUGAGGAGGUCGGGACCUGGGCAGAGAAGCCAGAGAAGCUGUAUCCCAAGGUGUGGGCCUACAUCAACAUGAUAGAUGCGCACCCAGGGUACAAGAAGUCAGCCGAGAAAAUCAAGGAAAUCGAUGCCAGCUAUGGCAUUAAAUGGUAG